GCUGCUUGGGCUUGAGGAGCUGGGUCGUUGUUGCCGCCUGGAUCUGGUUAAGCAUAGACUUGGAUUUUGAGGUGUUCGAGUAACUUGCUGCUGCCCAAGUCAUGACACUCCCAUUUCGGAAGGACUUGGACAAGUACAAAGAUCUUGAUGAGGAUGAAAUUCUUGGCAAACUUUCGGAGGAGGAACUGAAACAGCUGGAAACUGUUUUGGAUGAUCUUGACCCUGAGAACGCACUGCUGCCUGCAGGCUUCCGACAGAAAGACCAGACUGCUAAAAAGGCUUCGGGUCCCUUCGACAGAGAACGGCUCCUGGCGUAUUUGGAGAAGCAGGCUCUCGAGCACAAAGACAGGGAGGACUAUGUGCCUUUUACAAGAGAAAAGAAAGGGAAAAUAUUUAUCCCCAAACAAAAGCCUGUACAGUCUUAUACAGAAGAAAAUUUCUCUCUUGAUCCAGAACUGGAGGAAGCCUUGACCAGUGCCACAGACACAGAAUUAGGUGACCUUGCAGCUAUACUGGGAAUGUCCAACUUGAUAACAAAUAGUCAGUUCUGUGAUGUAGUAGGAAGCAGCAAUGGGGUUGACAAAGACAGCUUCUCAAAUAUAGUAAAAGGUGAAAAAAUGUUGCCUGUUUUUGAUGAACCACCAAAUCCCACAAAUGUGGAGGAGACACUGCAACGGAUUAAAGACAACGAUUCUCGUCUUGUUGAAGUUAAUCUAAAUAACAUUAAGAACAUACCAAUUCCAACGCUGAAAGAAUUUGCAAAGGCCUUAGAAACCAACACGCAUGUGAAGAAUUUUAGCCUUGCAGCCACCCGAAGCAAUGAUCCUGUUGCUGUUGCUCUUGCAGAUAUGCUGAGAGUAAACACGAAAUUAAAAAGUUUAAACAUAGAGUCAAACUUCAUCACUGGAGUUGGAAUUUUGGCACUGGUUGAUGCACUGAAAGACAAUGAAACUUUGACAGAGAUCAAAAUUGAUAAUCAGAGGCAGCAGCUGGGCACAGUUGCAGAAGUAGAAAUUGCCAAGAUGCUUGAAGAAAACACAAAGAUCCUCAAAUUUGGCUACCAUUUCACACAACAGGGACCUCGAGCCAGGGCGGCUGCAGCUAUCACAAAAAAUAAUGAUUUGGUUCGCAAGAGGAGGGUUGAAGGAGACAUCUAGGAGAUCUUGCCAGAACUGUGUGGAGAUUUCAAGAGUUGUCAAGGGAUGCUUUGGCAAUCUUGGACUACAUUUACCUGGGUUAGAAGGGAAAAGACUGGAAACCCCAUUCCUUUUAGAGCAAAGAUAUGUUAAUAAUCUGCUGGUAUGCGUCACGUUUUUCAGAUUGAGACAUAGUAACUGCACCAGUCUCUGUACCAUAGUUUUUGAUUGUUUUUUUAAGAAGUUUUUUGUAUUUCAAGACUUCAACUGUGCUUUUUACUAAGGAUGUAACUGCAAAUCAAUGUUAUAAUUGUCUGUAGUCAAAGAAUGGGACUUUCAAGAUCAUUGGGAAGACAAUGACCAACUGAAAUGUGUGUUAGAAAAUCUGGGGGUGCUUAUUUACGUAGAGGGAUGUGUAUAUUCCUGAAAACAAUGGAUUAGUGAUAACGGAUUCUUCACAAAACAGUUGGACUCAUUGUGUGGAGCUGUUCAGCCUUGUUCAUAUGCACUGAAGAGAAAUCUUUUACACCUUUCUUGUUUGUAGUUCUACUUAAAAAAAAAUAUUAGUUCUUGAUACUGUGAUUAAGUUUUAAAAGGAUUCCUUUAAGCCAAGCAGAAGUAAACUGGCUAAGGACUUCUCCCAUGAGAUCAAGGGACUAAUGAAAAAAUGAAAGCCUUACCAAACAAAAAGAAGUUAGGAGUGUUGCAAAAUUGACAGGUUUUUUAUUACACCUGAACCCUUAAAGUCUUUUUCAAGAUGUCCCAUUACUGUAUCUUGUUCUAUAUAUGAACUGGAUAUGGUUUUAGACUAAUUUCAUGUGUUCAUCAGCACUAUGGGGUGUUAAUUAUUAGUUUAAAAAUCCUUGCCUACAUUCAUAAAUAUCGAUGUCUCUAGAAGUAGUGGACAUGCUUUUUUAAAAUUCUGUAUAAUUUUGUAAAGGAAAAGGACCCUUUGUUGUAAAACCACUGUCCUAAGUUGCUGACAAAUGGAAAAACUUUUUUUCAAGCUGUUGGCAUUAAGUUGAGUACUUUGUGUAAACCUAGCAUUUUUUAGUAAAGCAGCAAAGUAACACUUUCAAGGAAAGAUUUUUCUAUUCUACUUAUGUCUUGAUGUUGAAACACUACAUAAGACAGGCAGAAAAUAACCAGUAUGCAAUGUAAAAUCUGUAUGGCAUAGUAAUUAUUGACAUAUUUAAAGUUCUAUAUCUAAGCAAACUAGUAAGGCCACAAGAAUCACUCCAACUUCUGUACACAAUCACAGCAGGCUUCUUUGAAAUAAUAUGAAAAUCUAGAGGCUUUUUGGUGUUGGUCUGUUUUGACUGUACUGCACUAUGUUGCUCAAUGUUGUCAUGAGAUCACAAAAACGUUCUAAAGGACUGCUUGGCUGUUUUUAUAGCAACAGAGAAUUCAACUGACAAGUGUUUUCAUCAAAAGAUGAUAAUAUGGUAGCAUGUCUUCCCAUGGUGAACUGAGACUUUUGCAUCAGGUUGUAUAUACUAUAAAAAUUUAACAGAGCAGCUCUCUGACACUGUGCCCAUGUUAUAAUUUGCUGCAAAACUUGAUUUUGCUCUUUAAAGCCAGACUUUAUUCCGCAGGUGACUGAAUUUUAUUGCAACUGUACAGAGAACUUUAGACUGUAGUGCCUUCAGUGAGGAUGUAUAUAACUGGUUUAUACUUUUGAAAGAACCUUUUUUUCAUAUUUCAAAAUUGGCCUUUUAUUAUAAUUGCAAAUAAAUAUAUGCUUCGAAGAGCAAGUUGGAAUUGAUUCUGUUAAAACCAAAGACUAUACAUACUGUAAUUUUGAAGCAACUCUAAGUGAUCUGACAAAUAACAGAAAGGACUCUCUACUUCUUUUGGUUUUGGCUUUUGUAAAUUUUCAAGAACUCUUUAGAUUUUGAACUUUUAAGUUCUUACAUAGUAUGCAUUAAGUCACAAAUUGUGUCUUUUUACAGUCAGUGCUAUAUAAAUGUGGCCAAAGCGUGUCAUGUGCUGAGUUGCCUAAAGCUGUACUUUACUUUUUAUUUGCUAAGCACCAUAAUCGUUUUGUGUCAAAAAUACCAGACCGUAGUAUGUCUUCCUUCAUUUGUUGAAGGGCUGUAUGUUCAUGGAAUCUGUUCAUGUAUUAUGAUUCUAUGAUGAUUCAUUUCAUCAUUAUCUAACAAGAUUAGGCAGUUAUCUCGUACUUGAAGGAGAAAAAUGAAAGCCUGGAUUAUGGAAAUGAUAGCCUAAAUCCCUCCAUUAAACCAAGUUUAUCUGCUUAAUGACUUUACGCUCAAAUCACAGGCACUCUCAGGUGUGGUAGUAGUGGUUUAGCUCUGUAGAUAGCAGCUAAGUAUUUGACUGCUUGUUGGCACUGUCAGGACAAGUAUGACAGGCUGGGCAUAGAAAUUUAUUUUCCCCAAGUUAAAAAAAAAACAAGGAGGGUUUGGCCCUCCUGAUGGUUGCAAAAUAUUUGGCAUGGUGCAUUGAACAGUUACAAGCAUCUCUUGUGUCUCCAGUGUGUAUCCAUUCUGAAGUAAAUGAAGGAAUUCAGUCUGUGGCUAGCAAUCAAACACUCCCAACAAGCAAAAUGAAAACUGAUGUAAUGUUGUCAAGUGUGGUGAGAUCUUGUGCAUGACUUAUUGAGAGCAAAAGUGGUAUUACUUUGAUAACUAACCACCAUAAACACAUUUUCCAAAAGAGGUGAAGAUCUUUCUCUUCUUUUUCAAGCUUAAUGCAGAAGUCUAAUCACCACAUGUGUUGAUUCUUUCAGUUCCAAGCUAAGCAUGGGAACAUAGCCUAUAUUCCAAAUCAAUUAUCUAUUUACUGUUGUAUUUUAAAGAAAUAGCUUCCUUCUCUCUACAGCUUGAGUAAUACUGUUUGUAAGCUACAAACAAGCAAGUGUUCAGUUUAAAUUUCCACUGAGGAAACAUGAAUUGAGUGUGUUUGCAUA